AUGAAAAGUCAGUCUGACAACGGGAGCCCCAGUGAUCACGACCAUUUUAGAGAAACCGAGUAUUAUGGACACAUAGACGAUCUCGAUGACAAGGUCAACAAACUGCUCAGAGAGAAGGAGUCGCUGAUUCGGCAAGCCGAGAUCCGUGAGCGGGAGAUCAUUGAUGAGUUCGGUAGGCGCGCAAAUUACCACAAACAGCGUGUGAGCAGGCUUCGAGACCAAGUCAGGGAUCAGAAGAUAACGAUCAGGGAGCUUGGUAAACAGGCUCGUGCGCACAAAGAGAAGAUUGCGAAACUCCAGGCUAUGGUGAUUGCCAGGCACGAGUCGGCUCUCGAAUCCCUAAAUGCAGGAAAAGGCCCGGCACCGAUGGAUGACCAUGACGUUGAAAGUGCUCUGAUAAGACUGCAAGAGAGCAUCCGCUCCUGGGCCAGAAAGUAUACAGUGUCACAUGUGGCAAGGCUGGAACACGUAUCAGAAGCAGAACUAGAUUUGGUUGUCAUGGACCUAGGUGCCUACUGCAGCGAGCUCACAUGGUCUUCCUUGGUCAGCAAGUUGCCCAUCUCAGUUGACAAGAUUCCAGCAAUUCUCGUGCAAGCUGCAUUAGCCUACGUCGUAUUUGAAUGGAUAUUCGGGGACCCGUUCUUUCUCUUCAGGCAAAUAGAACAUGUUAAUUCUAAUUCCCUGUGUGGCGGUUUGACCAAGAUUUAUGAUCAAAUGAAACUAGUCGACGAGGUGGAAAGCCAUGCUUGGCGCUCGCAGAUGUUGCGAAUGCUCUGCUUAGCUUCGGUUCAAGGCGCGCAGUCAUUCCUACACGGCCAAGUUGAGAGUUUCAGCAGUGAACUCGCACAGUUCUUCUUAGACAGUUCUGCUAGUGCUCUACUAGAACGGCCUGGGAGUCCUCUUGCGCUUGACCAUCGGGAGAAGGAACUUGAGAAUGUGCUUUCAGGAGCAGCUAAUCUGGCUCUAUCUCUCUGGACCCAGCGUACAAACAUGGUCUGCUACAGCCUCUACCAGUUACAGAACUUCUGGAAUGGAGAUCCUGUUGCUGAAGCGCAUCGUCUUCAUCAUCUGGAUGACGACGAUAAACGCCUGGAUGGCACUAAUAUCGUGCUAUUUGUGCAGCCUGCUGUAGUAGCCUUUGGGUCUGUGCAUGGCGAGCACUAUGAUCAAUCAAAAAUAUGGGCUGCAGCAACUGUACUGGUUGUUGGUAAGAUUGCAGACACCGAGCCGGAGAAGUUUAUCGAGAUCAGCAGCUCUAUCAAAGCAGAAGAACCCAAUCAGCCGACGGAGAGUCUCCCCAAGGCAGAGAAACCCAUGAAGCUAGAAGAACGUAUCACGGUGGGAAGUUCUAUCAGGGUGGAAGUUCCUGUCAAGGUGGAGAGUUCUGGCAGUGUGAAAAGGUGUCCUAAGAUGGAAGAUGAAGAUGCGGAUGAUCUAAUGGUUCUUGACGUUGAUUAG